AGCGAAGUGGCCGCUCAAAACAACUGAAAUCACGGCUGAUAAGCAAUCAAUCACUUAGCAAUAAUUGGCUGUAACCGCGUGCGCCAAAAUCUAGUUGGACGCGAAUUUUUCCGAAGAAAUGACGCUUUGUAGAGCAGUCAUAUGGAAGUGAAAGUGAUUUCGACAGUGUUCUGCAUGGUGCUAUUGCUGUUCGAAUCAUACGCUAUAGAUACAGGCAAUGACAGCAAUUACAGCCCAACUGAAGAAGAGUUCCUCGAUUAUAACGAAUCUGGAAAUGGAUACGAUAUCUACUUACCGACUGAGCCGGGAGCAGCGUACAAUAUCCGGUUGAACAAAUUCAAUUACGACGAUAAACCAGGUCCUGAUUGUGUUCUUGGCAAUGCACUCAACUAUAUGCCGUGGCUGUUUCCGAACGGAUCUUUAACGAUUAGAAACGACUCGAUUGCACUGGAUUUGUCUAAUCUGAAGUUGGGCGACAGUGGAUUGGUUUCGAUCGUCAAAAAGCUCGAUGAUCUAACCGUGUUCAAAGAUAUACGUUACUUAUCGUUAGCCUUCAACCAUUUGACACUACUUCCGAUUAGUACAUUGGAGAAAUUUAUUAAUUUAGAAUAUCUAUCUCUCAUGCAAAAUCCGCUCAAGGAAUUGACGCCGCACUUAGCGGUUUAUCCAAAGUUUCCUAAACUCCCAUUACUCAUCGCUCUGGAUAUGCGAUUUUGCCAGCUGCGAGCAUUUCCUCCUGACUUCUUUCACGAAGUUCAUCAAUUGCAGUACCUCUUUUUAGGGAACAAUGAAUUCGGUAAGUUACCGGCUCCACCAUUUAGUAAGCUCAAUAAACUGGUUCACCUGGAUUUGUCUCAAAUGGAUAGUUCCGAACGCAGUAAAGAACUUAAAGCGGAUAAGAAAAUAGGCGCAAUGGAUUUAGAUGCAAAGGUUUUUGAACCACUCGAAAAACUACGCUUUCUCGAUUUAUCUUUCACAAAACUCGAACUGCAGGCAUUCAUCGCGUUGAGUUCACUCACUGCACGAUUGGAGUAUGUCAGUUACUGCUUCACAGAUCUACCAACACUUCUUGACCGAUUGUUUAUGGACAGUAUUAAGGUGCUAGAUUUAUCCGGAAACGUUGGAGGAACCCAAUCAAUGAGCCGGAAUACUUUUUCGCUGCUGAAAAAGAAGCUUGAAGUUUUAUACUUUAUGGAAUCAGAUAUACAACGACUGGAUUGGAUGGAGGAAUUGCACGCACUAAAAGUCUUGAACAUAAGAAACAAUUUAGUGGAAUCACUGGAGUUUGCACCGUUCAACGGGUUAACUAAUUUAGAGGUGUUGGAUGUUAGCCACAAUCUUAUUCAGUCUUGGAAAUAUCGAAUCUUUUCUAACAAAUCUAAACUGAAGCUUGUGAACCUACGAAACAAUAGCCUGGUACAAACGACGGACGCUAUGCUGAAAGAUUUCGAUGGGUUGGAGUAUCUGGCGAUUGGUGGUAAUAUAUUUCAAUGCAGUUGUAACUAUGGUUACUUGUUGCGAUCGGUUUUUGGUAACAGCUCGGACCCGCUGUUGAAAGAUGAUGAUAGUUUUGGAAGUAAUUCGUCAUCGCUUUUGAAAUUUUACGAUUUUAAUGAAGUGGACUAUCAUUGUACGAAUCACACCACUGAAGAAAAGCAAAAUGUUCUCGAUUUACCUGCGUGCUCUCGGGAAGAUGAAAGUGACUAUUUGGACAAUAAUGAUGAUGACAUGACAUCGCUAGAGAAUGUAAUCGAAGAAUUUACAGCAAUUUACAUCAUUGCUAGUUGUUUUUUGAUCUUUGUAAUGGUCUUGGGAAUAGCGGUUUACUGGAAUUGGUUUUAUAUAAAAUAUUUCUGUGUGCUGUUCAAAAACUCCGCGAUUUUAAGUUUUUUCAGUGAUGAUACAAUGUACUUGGACAAAACAACACUCGUUGAGGUAGAAGCCCCCUACCAGUAUGACGUUUUCGUCAGCUACAGCGACAACGAUCGGUCCUGGGUGCUAGACUACAUGUUACCUACUCUGGAGCAGGAAGAUCUCAUAUCGAUUUGUCUUCAUGAAAGGGAUUUCGAGGUUGGUUACGGAAUUCUGGAAAACAUAAUAUCCUGUAUGGACCGUUCGAGAUGUCUGAUGCUGAUUGUUUCGGAAAGCUUUUUGCUGAGUCGAUGGUGUCAAUUUGAAAUGCAUUUAGCACAACACAGACUCCUAGAAACACGCCGCGAUGAACUGAUACUGGUACUACUGGAGGACCUUCCGAAGCGUAAAUGCCCAAAAACGCUUAGCUAUCUGAUGAAGACGAAAACCUACAUCAAGUGGCCGAACGAACGAACGCACGAGCAAGAGCUGUUCUGGAAACGCUUGCGCAAAGCUCUGCUGUCUUCGAAACGUUAACCGUUCACCUGUUCAAGGAAGGGUUAGAGGUAUCAAUAUAUUGUAUACAGUUAGGGGGAAUAAAAUGGAAUAACCUAGCUAAGUGUCACGCUUCGUACUGUCUAUAAGAGAGAGUGGAGUUAAUUUUUAAUUAUCAAUACAAUUAUUGGAUCGAAAACCAAUAGGUAAAUAUUUUAUAUUAUGCAUUGUAUAGAAACAAACGGCUCUAUUUGGGGUGAUUGAUGCGGUAUUGUCUAUAUUAACUAAGUUAAUUUGUUGCUUAAGUAGUUGGAUUUAUAUCUGUCAUAGCAACGAUCCGAUGAUGUUUAGAUUCUGAAAUUAUUCUUCAGUCUUAUUCAACAACAAACGCAACAAGUACCAAUGGUAGGGCUAUGAGCCUUUUUUUACCAUAGUAGCAAGAGUGCCAUACUAUGCUGUUAAUAACUCGGCAUACAAUCGAUGGAAUGCGUUCAAAUUGGUAAUAAUGAUUUUGUUUCGUUCCUAUCAAAAAUGUUAAAAAAAAACUAUGGGGUUGCACGAACUGUAGACGUAGGACUAUACUACUUAAUGUAAAAUAUUUAUUUUCUUAGUACUUAGUGUGUGUGAAAAACACCCGGACCGGUGAAGAAAAAUCAAAUUUUAGACAAUA